CAUUCUCAAAAAAUAAAAGUCAUGAAAAGUAUGAUUGAAGAAGACAUUGUGAUUGUGGGAGGUGGAAUUGCUGGCCUCACAACCUCUUUGGGACUUCACAGAUUGGGCAUAAGAAGUUUGGUAUUAGAAAGUUCAGAUUGUUUGAGGGUAAGUGGAUUGGCUUUAACAAUAUGGGAAAAUGCUUGGAAAGCUUUGGACGUUGUUGGUGUUGGAGAUAUUCUUCGCAGUCAACAUAUACAACUUCAUGGGAAUAUGACUAUUUCUUUGAUCACGGGGAAAGAAACAUCAUUUACGUCUUUUAAGGAUAACAAAGGAAAAUAUGGUAUACGUGAAGUUCGUCGUGUUAGCAGGAAGUUAUUGUUGGAAACUCUUGCCAAUGAGCUACCAAGUGGAUCGAUUAGGUACACGUCAAAGGUGGUUUCUAUUCAAGAAUCUGGCUUCUCUAAGAUACUACAUCUUGUUGAUGGAACCACAAUCAAAACUAAGGUAUUGAUUGGAUGUGACGGAGUACACUCUAUGGUGGCAAAGUGGCUUGGCUUUAAAGAGGCCUCUUUCACAGGAAGAUAUGCAGCUAGAGGUUAUGCAAAGUUGAAAACUGCUCACGAGUUGGAGCCAAUGUUCAUGCAGUACUUUGGAAAAGGUUUUAGAGUCGGAGCUCUGCCAUGUGAUGACAAGAGUGUUUCCUGGUAUUUCACAUGGAACCCUACCAGCCAAGGUAAAGAGCUAGCAGAGGACCCUGUUAAACUAAAACAAUAUGUGUUAAACAAGCUAGAGAAUAUGCCAAAUGGUGCUAGAUAUUUCAUAGAAGAGACUGGAUUAGAUACAAUUCAAGCAGUUCCAUUGAGAUAUAGACAUCCUUGGGAGCUUAUAAUGGGAAAUAUUAGUAAAGAAAAUGUUUGUAUUCUUGGAGAUGCUUUACACCCCAUGACACCUGAUAUUGGACAAGGGGGGUGUUGUGCUAUAGAGGAUGGGGUGGUUUUAGCAAAGCGUUUGGCAGAGGCAUUUUCCAAGAAACCAAAGGAAGGAGAAGAAGAAUACAAAAUGAUUGAGGAAAGUUUGAAGAAAUAUGCAAAGGAGAGAAGAUGGAGAUGCAUUGAUCUCAUCGCUACAUCUUAUAUUGUGGGUUUUAUUCAACAAGGUGGUUCAAAAUUUGUCAACUUCUUUAGAGAUUAUAUGAUUGGAUCAUUCUUAGCUGUUCAAUUGCUGAAGAAAUCAAAUUAUGAUUGUGGUCAACUAAAAUAGUUCUAAUUAGUGACACAAUCAAGUACUAUGAUUUGGAUGUUUUUUCUUGGAUUGU